UAAUACCUACAUGUUUAUGCAUUGGUCAGAGUAAUCUCUUCUGUAACACAAACAGCUUUUGUUUAAGAAUAUAAUACUUAAUCAUAAUUUUAGCAUUCAUUUAAGUUAUAUAUCUAUCAAGUCUAACUGGAUUUUUAUGUAUUUUAAGAAUUAUAACGCUGAUUAAGUAAUUAAGUGAAUCAUGAUUAUGUUCAAGAUAUUUUUUUGUGUGAUUUUGAUCUCUGGUUGUGAGAACAAUGCGUUAGCUGCACGACGAUGCUUUGACUGCGUUUCAAUAAGAUCGUGUGAGUCAGCCCUCGAUUACGCUGACAGGGUCUUUGGCUCGAAACGCGGCUCGAGUCCAGGUUUCAAAAGGGAGACAUUUUUGAAAGCUGUAUGUGGUUUUGAGGGACGCGAUCCAAAGGUGUGCUGCUCAGACUUUCCAAGGAACUCAUGGGCUGGGAUAACAUUAUCUGUAUCAGCGCCUCUACAAGCGUUGCGUACUGUGGAUGCCAUCGAAUUGCAUCAAAAUGUAGAACUGCUCCCAGACUCCUGUGGAGACAUUGAUGGAUCACGCAUCGUCGGCGGCGGGGUUGCCAAGUUGUACGAGCUUCCGUGGAUGACACUCAUUGCUUAUAACACAAGAGACGGGAGGCAGUUCAAUUGUGCAGGAAGCAUUAUCAACUCGAGAUAUGUUCUCACAGCUGCCCACUGCGUGAUAUCUCGCACUGAAGGUCUCAAGAAAAUUAUUGGUGUGCGUAUCGGAGACGUUGACUUAGACAAAGAUAUUGACUGCCAAGGAGAUUAUCAGAAUAUGUUUUGCGAGAGUGCGACUCAGAAUAUAGGCGUAGAAGAAGUUAUAGUACAUGAAGUUUUCGUCCAAAACUCAUCGAAAGAUACAGACAUUGCACUUCUUCGCCUCAGUGAAUCCGUAAAUUUCACAUACAAGAAUGCAGGCCCAAUAUGUCUACCAGUAUCAAGCGAGCUUCGGGACACUCGUCUCGCCGGCAAGAAUGCAACAGUCGCAGGUUGGGGCGCUACAGAAUACGAUUCGGACUCUCGUAUUCUACUCAAAGUUGAAAUACCAAUUUGGUCGGAUGAAAACUGCCACCCUACGUGCAAGAGGGAUGGUGACUGCAAGACAAGAAAUUUUAAGACUCUAUGCGCCGGGGAAUACUUGAAAGACUCUUGCAGCGGCGAUUCUGGAGGCCCUCUGAUUGUGGAGAGCGAGUACUAUGGGGUCCACCGAUAUGUUCAAUAUGGUAUUGUAUCCCACGGACCCAGUAGAUGCGGUACACAGGGAGAGCCAGGCGUUUACACCGAUGUGUCUAAAUAUAUGCAAUGGAUAUUAGACAAAAUUAGGAGGUAGUAAAAAUGUAACAAGUUAAAUCGCUCUUCUUAACACAGGGUGUAACCAGAACGCUAGCAAAAACUUAGCGAUAUUAUUGUACUACAUAUAACACAAUCCAAUGUCAAUAACCAUUUGCCUUAUCUUGUAGUUUUAGUCAGUAAAUUUUUCAAGCCCGCGUUGCAUAGCGUGCAAAACUCGGGUCAAUGCCCCACCUACGAAGCGACAUUGACUUCGACCCAUUUACGGACCGUUCGUUGACCUCUAGCAUCAGUCAAUGUUUUAUCUGCAAUAUAUUGUGAAAUUUUAAAAAUACAGGAUUUAAAAAAAAAAUCGUAUUUUUUUAUAAUAUCUUAUCAGUACUGCCUGUCUUCGUUUUUGCUAACGUUCUUGCUACACCCCAACUGCUUUCUCCCUAUAUUAUAUACAAUUAUACAUAUCAAUGUAUUUUAAUCAUAGUCCGAUAGUUAGCCAACUUUUGAGUUACUUUGGAAUUUUUCAUUGGCUUAGUUUUUUUUAAUAGAAAUAAGCUUAACCAAAAGGUACUUAUUUUAAAAUAAUUCAGGACAGAAUUAUCUGCUAGAACUGACUACCAAAGAACAGUAUGCUUAUUUUCGA